AUGGACCGCCAGUCUCCAGGUGAAGGCAUGAAGUCGUCCACUACACAGUCCCAGAUGGCCGUCGCUACCUGGAGGGUGAUCUGGCUCACCGUGGACACACCGACUCUGAAACUGAACGCGAUGGUCCUGAAGGAGUCCCCGGUGGCGGGUGAUGCUUGGACCAACGCGGGACAGCAGGUCCUCAAACUGGGCGAGGGACAGACGGUGGUACUGCUGAAAGCCGCGGUCGUCCAGGGGCAGCUCCGGGAGCAAGUGGUGAAACUCACCAAACUGCUCAUGCCUCUGGAGGACCUGAUGGACCCAGGUACGACUCUGAGUAGUAAAAGAACAAGGUCAGAAUCAGAGGACUCGCUGGCUGACACCCCACCAAGCCAGAAUGAUAUCGCUGCAGGUCAGACGCAAGCUAAUGAAAGCUGCACUAGUGCCGCAGCCGCGGACGACGGCACUUUUGGCGACGACGAGGACGAGAAUGACACCAUUUCUACCGAUGACAACAGCCGCGUUAGCGAGCAUGAGUGGCCAGAAUGUUGGUCCCAAGCACAAGUCCGGUACUCCAAUGUUCCUCCACCGUCCAAAGACAGUGGGGUUAGGCUAUUUGGUUAUUCUAAAUUGCCCAUAGGUGUGAAUGACCAACACGGACAUCACUCCAGACUGAAAUCCACUUCAGACGGCACACGCAACAUGUUCAAGCAUGCACGGAGGCCUUUCAGUAAAUGUAAGAAGAUGGUUAAGGCGAGAGAUUGCUAUUCUGUCUUUUACAUCGCCACAAAGGGAGGACUAAAUGCCAAAAAAGAGAAAAGUUUUUUAAAAAAUGACGCUUUAAAACAGUUCGAGUAUCUUUGUGUUUACGGGGAGAAGGGAAUAACUGCGGCCGAGGCUCUGAAAAGAGACGGUCGCUUCGCCGAUGACCUGGGCUACUUUGAGCUGGUUAACAUCGACGACGAACGUAAGACUGAGUGCACAGACAUAAUUGAUUGUCUGGACAAUAAGAAAUUCCAGAUAUGUUUUCCACAGGGAGCAGAUACGGAUGUAGCCAUCCCAGGGCAGCAGAAACCUCCAUACGCAUCAAAUAAUGCAAAGCGCAGCGGUGGAAUGACAUCGGUCUUAGAUGUAGCACGACAGAACGGAUUGAGUCUAAAAACGUCAAUCAAAGAAACGGGCAGCAGCAUUGACCGUAAGGAGGUUUACAAUCUACUUUGUCAGCAGUAUCCGCGUCUGAAACGAUGGAUGGAGAGUAGAUUCCCCAAAAAUUCUUUCCAGGAAGCACUGAAAUACAGGAAGGAGAACUUUGGAAAGAGUCGACAGCCUUUUACUGAAAUUCGCAGCAUUAUGUUGCUGCUCGAACUGAGCGAGUCAGUUUGUCUCAUAACCGGUUCCUUCAUAAAGCAAGGCACAGGCUUUGUGCUAUUUGACAACUUUGUCUUGACCAACGCCCACUUAUUCGACUACUGGGUUAAAUCAAACACACCUAACUGGCGUGAACUUGUAAACGUUACCGUGGUCUUUAACUUUGAAGACCAAGAGUCAGACAGGAACAACCUCGGCGCUAAGGUGUUCGUCGGCGACGAUAAGUUAGAUUAUGUCAUACUUAAGCUAGAAACAGAGAAAGUGCCGCCGGGGCUCCUUAAGAGAUUUGGGCCUGUACCUUCAGACGGCGAGGCCUGUGUCGUCGGACACCCGGGAGGAGGAGUGAAAAAAAUGAGUCCUACGUGGGUCGUGGAGAAAGAGAGGCGAGAGAAUAAUGACAAUUUAGAAGACUGCGAGGAAUUUUGCAGUCUGUGUGAAACCAAUCAGCAGAUCAAAAACGACCCGUAUGAAAAUAUCUACGUCACCUACAACACUCUCAUGUACCACGGCUCUUUCGGCUCCCCGGUUUUCGAUGCUGACGGACGAGUGUUUGGUUUGCACAGCGGCGGGUUUUUCUACGGGUUUCCGAACCUUAGCGAGAAUGUGAUUGAGUACGCCUUCCCUCUGCUCACUAUAUUUGAAAGCUUUGUGGAUAAUCUGAAGAAAGAUGGGUAUGGGGAGGCAUUGGAAAGAGUUGAGGAGGAAGCGAAGGGAAAUCCUCACCUAGAAAACAUUAUAGCCUCUGUUGUGGGGUCAAAGCAAGGCAAACCUGGCGCGUUGUUGCAGGAAGUUGAGAGUAAAACAGAUUCUGAGGAGAUGGCUGUGUAG